UAUUAAAUACCACCUAAAUUGUGUAUUAUUAAUGCAUACAAAUACCCCAAACUUAAACCUACCCCCUCACAGUAAAGUAAAAACAGCGAUUGUUGCUGUACAGUGUCACAAAAGUAUGCAAUAUUGAUGUGCGCAUGCCCAAGCGGUCGCAGAUAUUUUCCUUCUACACUUAACCACCUCUUACCGCCACGAUUUAAAAGUCAGUUGAAGGAGGAGGCGUUAAGAUAACAUCCAGCAUUAGAACAAUAAGGAUAUGGUAGAUCUCAGCAUCAAUCGUGGACAUCAAACGUUUUGGAAUAGACUUGUAGUUUAGACUUCUGUGGCUUUUUUACGCUCGAAAACAUGUCCUUGUCACCAGAAAAAGCAAAUGAGUUAAAACAAACAAUUCAUGACCAUUUAAUUAAGAUGGAUAUCCAUGGUAAAAUUCGUGAUGUUUUAACGGAAACAGUAAAAGGUGAUGGCCACCAUAAACAAUGCUUGCUCUCUGAGGAGGACUUUAUGCAUGCACUCCAGCGGAGGGGAAUUGUCAAUGAUGUGAUGAAGGAUCUCCACUUUACAAACAUGUCUAAUUCUCAUACUGAAGCUGAUUCUGUGAACAAGUCUGCAACACAUUUUGUGGACCAAAACAUCACACAGCUAAAAACAGCUAACAUUGGUCAACUAAAGAGACAACUCUACCUUCAAGUUGUGGGUGGUAGAGCUUUUCUGGAACAAUUGCAGGAGCCAGAACCUUUACCUGGUCAGGUGUGUUCUACUUUCACACUUCACGUUCACUUCCGCAAUCAGCGCUUCCGCUCCAAACCAAUCCCAUGUGCUUGUGAACCAGACCUACAGGAAGGCUUUCUUCUGGAAAUACAUAGAGAUGGCCCAGGAGAUGUUAGCAAGAUGGCUGAUGCUACCACCAUGUUGUCCAUUUGUGAUCCAGUACAUAUGGUACUAAUUAAAACAGACACCUCUGGGGACACAACACUGGUUUCCUCUUAUUUUCUUGACUGGCGGACAGUUCUCAGUGCUCCCAAUGGGAAAAUCAGUGUCUCCGCAGAACUACUAGGAGUGGGUGUCGAAGCUAAAGUACCUGCUGGUGUUCUGAAUCUGAAAUUGGAACUGUACCCUCCCCUAACUGAGACCUUAAGCCCUGAUGUCGUCACCAUGCAGAAAUCCUUGGAAAGACAAAAAACAGCAGAGAAGGAGAGAUUGUUUUUGGUAUACGCCAAACAGUGGUGGCAGGAGUUCUUGGACAUUCGACUAUCAAACAAAUCCAAACUUGUGAAGAUUUUUGCACAGGAUGAAAAUGGGGUGAACCGACCUGUGUGUUCAUAUGUACGUGUAUUGCGUGCUGGCAGAUUGCUUGAGAGUCCACGACAGGCGGCACGUUUCGUUAGUCUGUUAGCUCAGGAGAGAGCACCCGUGGUAGGAGGAGGAGUUAGGCAGGAGCAGUGGGCCUCUAUGAUGGUCUUUCUUUGCAGGAACAAGGGUGACUGUGAGGAUCAUGCUACACUACUGUGUAGUCUGUUGUUGGGCUUUGGAUUGGAUGCUUAUGUAUGUGUUGGCACCAAAUUAAAAAAUAUUCCACACACCUGGGUCAUGACCUGUGGCACAGAUGGUUCCAUCACCUUUUGGGAAAGUUUUACAGCACACAGGUACCUUCACCGUCCAAUUGACCCAGAUUCUCCUUCCAUGAUCUUCCAACCAAAACCUGUGCACCCUUACCAGACACUUGGCUGUGUAUUUAACCACAAGAUAUUUCUGGCAAACUGUCAGGUGUCAGAUGCUGUGGAGCUGUGUGCAUUUGACUUUACAGACGGCUCCCGCUGGAAGGCCAUGAGUGAGGAGGCUGUUAAAUCUGUAUGUGACCCUGGCUUCAACACCUCACUCCCUCCAACUCCUCCUCUCUGCUCCCCUUCUUUAGUUCCCAAUGAGUCCAGCAACCAACUUGAGCUGGAAAUGCGGUACUUAUUAUCAGAGCACAGAAAGGAUCUAGGUCUGGCAACGGUCUGGGAUGAUCACCUGUCAUACCUGCUGUCGGCAGCAUUGUCAGCAUAUGAACUGGAGCGCUGUGCAGGUGUGUCAUAUGGAAAUGAGGAGUUUCAGGAUGCAGUGAGAAGAGCAGUGCCUGACGGACACACUUUUAAAGCCUUUCCUAUCAAUUUCUUGCACUGCAAUGCUCGCAGGGCAUUUGCUACCUGCCUCAGGUCACCAUUCUGUGAAGAAAUUGUUAGCUGUCGAGGAGAUCAUGUACGACUAGCAGUGAGGGUUCGUGUGUUUGGAUAUCCAGAGUCAGCUUGUGCUGUUUGGAUCAUGUUUGCUUGCAAAUACAGAUCAGUGCUGUGAUAAAAGCAGCAUUACCAUUCAGAAUCCAUGUGUCUGCAACUACAUUAAACAUUUAUUUGGGUCUAGAGUAAAGUGUACACAUAUGUGUGUAUGUAUGUAUGGAUAUUUGUGUGCUGUGUGUAAAUAA